AUGAGCCAUCCGUUUACAAAUCAUAAUAGUAGCAGUGAUGAUGGUUAUCAACCACCCGAAAAGAAGAAGAAAAUUAAUUUAACGCACACACAAGAAUAUUCCGAAGAGGCCGCGAUAACAUCAUCAACAAGCACAAACAUCAAUCGUAAUAUUCAUUUAACGAAUUUAAUUCCCGGAAAUUCAGUUGACGAGAAUAGUCAAACAACCUCUCCUCCUCACACUCCGGAAUCAGCCACAUCAACGAAAUCUUCAUCAUCUCUAACAAAUAAUGGUCCAAUACCGAAUCCUAUUGCAUCGAACCAAGUUGUGAACUCGUUAGUGCUUAGUCUGAUAAAUGGUGUGAACAAGGCAAAAUCAGCCAAUGUGUUUGGAGUUGGCCAUCAACAUCGUCGUCAGCAUCAGGUUGCACUCCAAAAGUCACACAAUUCUCUGUCUCAAACUUUAGAUCCCAACAAUCAGGAUAUGGAUUUAACCUCUGAUAGUAGUGACAGCGAUGCAGACGACAAACAUAGUACUACCUCUUCUUCUUCUUCUUCAUUCUCGUCAUUGACAUCAACAUUCACCGAUUCUCUCACAACAACAACAACAACAACCACUAUUGCAAACCCCUUCUCAUCAACUUCCACAAAUCCACACACGCAAAAAUCACCAAGGAGAAAAUCUCACAGAAUGCUCAUCGAAAAAGUUAAAAACUUGUUAUUGACUUCACCAACAUCGCCCGUCUCUCUUUCCGACAGCAUGGAUUGGGAUGAAAUUGAAUCGUUAGACCGUGUCUAUAGCUGCUGUGGAAAUAACUUUUUUGGACAACUUUCGUGUGGAGACAAGUCACGAAAAUCACUUCUCGUUCAGAAAUUAUGUAGAGACAGUAUAAAACAUGUUGCAUGUGGACAUGGUUUUGUAUUAAUUGCCACUGUGAACAAUGAGCUAUAUGCAAGUGGUGACAAUACUUAUGGCCAAUGUGCCGUGGGAACUCCUGCCAAACGUCACAUUACUCAUUUAAAAAAGGCUCAAUGGGAUUGUAAAAUGUCCAUCCAACAAAUUUCAUGUGGCUAUCACCACUCCAUGAUUUUAACAACAGAAGGCAAAGUGUUUGCAUGUGGUGCUAAUGCUGCAGGAGCCCUAGGACUAGGCGACUUUAUUAAUCGAAAUACCUUUCAAAGAGUUCGCUUAAUAUUUUUUGAUGACGCUGUUGAUCAUAUUGUGUGUCAAGGACAUUAUUCUGCAAUCAUUUCAAAGAAAGGACGUCUUUUUGUUACAGGAGUCAAUAUUGGAGGAGAAUUAGGAUGUGGUGAUUGUAUUAAUAGAAAUCUAUUCACCUAUAUAUCAGAUCCAGUUCCAAAUGUCAAACUUAUAGCAUUUAGACCUUCUUUUUCGAUCGUGACAUUAACAACACAUGAAGUAUUAAUUUGUGGAAGUACCAUAGGGCCUAAAUAUCAAAAAACUAUUGGUUUUCCAACACAUAUCAAAAAAAUUGGAUUCGAUACUUUUAGGACAAUUGUAUUAUGUGAAAAUGGAGAAUUAUAUAUGGUUGAGGAUGUGGAUGUAGAAUUUAAUGCAGAAAGUAUUCCACAAUUCAUGUUCAAGAGAGUAGAAACCAUUCCUGAUCCAGUUCUUGAUUUUCAAUGUGGUUUGGGAUACACUAUUGCUCGAACGGCAGAUUCAUUCUAUGCCCUUGGUGAAAAGGCAUGGAUUUUCCCAGCUCUUGCUGGAAAAGAUAAAACGAAUGAAAAUCCAAUGCUUGAAGUUUUCACCAAGUUGAGGUCUCAAACUGAGGUACAUCAUGAUAGAGUGGCUUGUGGAGGAACUUUUGUGUAUUUCUACAAGAAGAGUGAAGUGACACCUGCCAAGAGAUACGUACUGUGUGAUUUGUUACAACCUUUUGAUCCAUUCCAAGAUAUUACCAUCUCAUUUGAGAGUAAGAAACGAAAACUAUGGGCCUUCGUUCAACAAUCAUUUUCCUUCGAUGAGACCAAAAAGAUGAAACAUUAG